AUGUCUUUAUUCAAAAGUAAUACUCUUUACCCGAAAACCACGUCUAUCCCUAAUGGUUUUGCGACGCAAAUUGCGGAUAAACCGAAAAAUAAAGUUAUAUUUCUCGACGUCCCGCCACAACAGACGCCGCAUUUCAUACCUACAUCUAGUAACUCUGUAGUACCAAUAUAUGAUAAUUUGAUUGCCCCACAAAUAAAUAAGGAUAUUAUUUACGAAAAUAUUAAGCCAGUGUUUACUAUAUUACGUAUAAUGGGUGUUCUGCCUUUGACGAGGCCUUCUCCAGGUCUUAAUUAUUUUCAGAUAGCAUCACCCUCAAUGUUGUACUCAAUCAUUUGCUACGUCUGUCUUGUCAGUUACGUACUUUAUCUAUCUCUACACAAAGUCCAAAUAUUGCGUACUGCUGAAGGUAAAUUCGAGGAAGCCGUCAUUGAAUAUCUUUUUACUGUUUAUCUGUUUCCCAUGUUAGUUGUUCCCAUAAUAUGGUAUGAGACACGAAAGAUUGCCGGCAUUCUAAAUGGAUGGGUUGACUUUGAGAUAUGUUAUAAAAAAUUAUCUGGCCGCAUCCUGCCUGUGAAAUUGUACAAGAAAGCUCUAGCAAUAGCUGUAAUCAUUCCUAUAUUGUCAACGAGUUCUGUAAUGAUUACUCACGUGACUAUGGUACAUUUCAAACUUAUGCAAAUAUUGCCAUACAUUUUUCUCGAAAUUCUUACAUACAUCCUCGGAGGAUAUUGGUAUCUCUUGUGUGAAAUUUUAAGUGUAUGCGCUAGUAUUCUUGCUGAAGAUUUUCAACAAGCUCUUCGUCAUGUUGGACCAGCAGGAAAAGUAGCAGAAUAUCGUGCACUUUGGUUGAGAUUAAGCAAACUUGCCCGCGAUACAGGCAUAGCUAACUGCUACACUUUUACAUUUGUGAAUCUGUACCUCUUUCUCAUUAUAACUUUAUCAAUAUAUGGCCUUCUUAGUCAAAUCUCAGAAGGUUUUGGAACUAAAGACAUAGGCCUAGCAGUAACGGCCUGCUGCAGCAUUUUUCUUCUAUUUUUUAUCUGUGACGAAGCCCACUAUGCCUCUCAUAAUGUGCGAACAAAUUUCCAAAAGAAAUUAUUGAUGGUGGAACUUUCAUGGAUGAACACGGACGCUCAAACCGAGGUGAACAUGUUCCUGCGUGCAACAGAGAUGAAUCCCUCUCAAAUAAGCCUUGGUGGUUUCUUCGAUGUCAACAGGCAUCUUUUUAAAUCUCUUUUAGCGACUAUGGUGACGUAUCUCGUUGUAUUACUACAAUUCCAAAUUAGCAUUCCAGAUGACAAUCAAAGACAAAUGGAAAAGGAGGAUGUUCCAAUUACAUUAAAUGACACGUUUGUAGCUGAAACAACCAAAAUGACUACAACUCUAGCUACUACGAUCCUCACGACUCUAGCUAAGAGGAAAAAGAAACACUGA